UCGUUUAGAAGCCGAGCCUUCACAGGGAGCACAACCUCACGGAGACGAGCGUGUUCCAAGCACUUGGUCCACGGGAAUAACGCGCAAUCCAAGAGGAGUGGCUCCAAACAGGAGGACAGGUGGUCGUAGGCUACUGGAACACGCCGUGAAGGGUCACAGACAGCUGUCGAGCCACCGGAACAGGAGUUGACUUGAAGGCGCUGGAAAUAUUUAUUCUAAGAUGCGUGCCACCUAUAAGAAGUGUCUUGGACUGCUUUUGAUCAGUGGACUUCUGCUAUCCCUGUUUUAUGCUUGGAGCCCUGGGACCAGCUCAAGAGUUGACAUACGGUCAAGACAAAGGGGUCGAAUACAGAAACUCCUCCAAGGGAAAAUCCAGGACACCAUCAGUGUCUAUCAAGACAUUGGCUACCAUAUAAAGGACGAUGUGGCAAGUCAUUUGGCGCAAAAUACAUGUGUGUGUCGGGCUAAUGAGGACACCUUUCAACUACCGUUCUCCAAUCCGCUGUUCCCACGUGUGUGGGCCCACGACAUCGUUCUUGCAUUCUUGGAGUCCCAUCCCGACCCGAGCGGCGUGAAGCGUCACAGAGCUCAGGAGUACGGCAGCUUUCAGAAGAGGUCCUACAAUCCUGCAGAUGUGCUGAUUGUAGCUGAGGCCAUCAGUCCUCUUCAGUACCCUACUCAGGGCGUGAAGGUGCGACCUCUCAAAACGAUCAUUAUUCCUGGUUUGGGUCUUAAAGAAGAAACCGGACCCAACCAUACGGUUUAUUUGACAGCAUCAUUGGGGACCUUUGAUGUGGCUGCUACAGUGGACAGGGUCUCUGUUGAAGGAGGCGGCGAGAAGCACAUGAUACUUUCUAGUCCUCUUCUCUCCGCUCUGAACAGGCAGCUGCAGUUUGUCACCUACACAAACACGGUGUUUCAUCCCAAGACCGCAGAUACGGUUCUGUUCGCCACUGACGUUCACCAGUCAUUUUUCACUAUUAAAGUUGAACAUGGAAUCAUACCUAAACUUUACAACACUGGAAAUCCAAAAGAGUACAAUAUUAGUGCUCUCGUUACCUUCGCCACCAAGACCUUUCUCCGCUAUGACAAACUCAAAGACCUUAUUGACAGCAUUCGGCAAUAUUAUCCCAGCGUCACCAUAGUGAUAGCCGAUGACAAUGAACACCCACAGGCAGUGACCGGGCCUCACAUUGACCAUUACAUCAUGCCAUUUCGAAAGGGUUGGUUCGCAGGAAGAAACCUGGCAGUGUCUCAAGUGACAACCAAGUAUGUCCUCUGGGUGGAUGAUGAUUUCCUCUUCACAGCAAACACCAAGGUGGAGAGGAUGGUGGACAUCUUAGAAAAGACCACUCUGGAUCUGGUCGGUGGUGCGGUGAGAGAGGCGACAGGUUACACUGCAACUUACCGUCACACCAUUUCAGUGGAAGAAGGGGGAGAGGAGGGGGACUGCUUACACAUCAGAACUGGCUACCACCAUGUCAUCGAGGGAUUUCCCAACUGCGUGGUAGCAGAUGCAGUCAUCAACUUCUUUCUAGGGAGAACAGACAAGGUGCAGCAGGUGGGAUUCAACCCCCGUCUGGCCCGGCAUGGUCAUCUGGAGUUUUUCAUCGACGCUCUGGGCUCCCUCCACGUUGGCUCCUGUAGUGACGUCAUUGUAAACCACGCAUCAAAGAUCAUUCUUCCCUGGACUAAAACAGACUCAGAUAAGGCUUAUGACAAAUUCCGCUAUUCAUCUUCCAGUGCUGAAAAUGACAUUCAUAAGGAAGACUUCUACUUCAAGAACAGGUUGAAGUGCAUGACCAGUCAUUGAAACCUCAACAUGUCUGUUUGCUGCCUAAAUGUGAGAGAAGUAUAAAAUGUUUUUUUCAAGUAAAGUCGAGACUGCAGAAAAUCAUAUUAUUGUAUUUUACUAUUUGUUUACUACUUUUGCAUUUGCUGUUAAACAGAUUGUGUGGACUGACUUUUAGUGAUGAACAGAUUCCGAUUAAUUCAUAUCGACAACAGUAUCUUGGUCUCUAGCAGACAUAAACCUCAAUACACAGCAUGGACCUCCACAACAUGCACUGAGAAUAUCAUUGUGUUUGUAUUGCAGUCUGUUGAAUUCCAUAUGUAAUGUGACUUUAAAAAGACACACUUUUUUUUCAUACAAGAAAAUGCUGUUGAGGUUCAACCAACGUUUACUAAUGUGUAUCAAUGAUUCCCAACCGUUUUUUGUCCGGCAAACACCCACAGCCCUGACCGAUGGGCUCAAGUUCUGUAAAUUAUUAAUUUUCCGGUUCAAUACAUAGCAUGAAUGCACUAUACAGGACUGUCUCAGAAAAUUAGAAUAUUGUGAUAAAGUUCUUUAUUUUCUGUAAUGCAAUUAAAAAAACAAAAAUGUCAUGCAUUCUGGAUUCAUUACAAAUCAACUGAAAUAUUGCAAGCCUUUUAUUCUUUUAAUAUUGCUGAUUAUGGCUUACAGCUUAAGAAAACUCUAAAAUCCUAUCUCAUAAAAUUUUAAUAUUUCCUCAGACCAAGUAAAAAAAAAGAUUUAUAACAGCUGAGUGUUUGUCAAGGCUCAGGAAACCCUUGCAGGUGUUUCGAGUUAAUUAGACAAUUCAAGUGAUUUGUUUAAUACCCUACUAGUAUACUUUUUCAUGAUAUUCUAAUAUUUAGAGAUAGGAUAUUUGAGUUUUCUUAAGCUGUAAGCCAUAAUCAGCUAUAUUAAAAGAAUAAAAGGCUUGCAAUAUUUCAGUUGAUUUGUAAUGAAUCCAGAAUGCAUGACAUUUUUGUUUUUUGAAUUGCAUUACAGAAAAUAAAGAACUUCAUCACAAUAUUCUAAUUUUCUGAGACAGUCCUGUAUAUGUUAUAUGUUUUGAAUGUAUUGUGACAGUCUUCUUCCAAUUGACUGUGUAGGUGUAAAAAGUGAUGCAAUGUCUUGCUGUGCAAGUAAACUGAAUAUAAACUACACUGUUUUUUCUAUAUUUGUAGUUAUUUAACGUUUGAAAAGCUUGUACUUGCUCUUUAAAUAAAAAUACAGCAUUCAAGGUCCAA